UCGCUAUUCUAACUGAAUUUUUCAAAAAAAAAAAAUUACCCGUUGGCAACAGCAUUUAUUGCUCCAACAGCCAUAUUUUUGAAAGUUUGGACGUUGGAAACCUUUUUUCCUAUAAAUUGGGACCCCCUCUCCUCACUUUUACACACACAAACACCAUUCUCUUCAAUAUCUUUACAUAUUUCAUCUUCUCUACUCUAAUCUUUUGAGAUUUCUUCACCAUGGGCAAAGACAAGAGCAAGGCUGCCCCCUCCAGGAAAUCCAAGUCCAAAUCCCGGGCACCGUCAACAAACUCCGAGGAGCGCCUCUACUACGGCGACGGAUCGUAUCUCUUGUUCGAUUCCGAGGAGGAGCGCACCCGUUUCAUCACCUUCUUCUCUAAACGGGUUGUGGCUCCCCCGCGGAUUCCGUUCGUCUCCCGGACUCGGAAGGAGAUCAACCUAGCACAAAUUCGGGUCUUCUACUCCAACCUCCGCCGUGAGGGCGACGUGCUCUACUCUCUUGUCAAGAGCACGCCGAUAGAGCUUUCCAUUGAGCAGCUUGGGCGCAUCGCCGGCCUCCCCUACCAAGGCGACGACGUCUCCCACUAUGGCGGAGAGGACUGGGUGCUCAACAAAGAGGGCCUUAUCCUCAACGAGCUUGGCAUCACCGAGCUCAUCCGCCAUGCCUCGGGCCGCCCCACUAUCCACUCCGCAAACCCCGAGAGCCGGCUUCUUCUCUACAUCGUGUCCCGAAUCAUCAAGCCCCAGAAGCAUGGGCACACGAUCAUGUCCGGUGAGGACCUCAAGCUCCUCCAUGCGAUCAUGCACUCGGCGCCAAUCAAUUGGGCGAAGUUUGUCAUGAUCAACAUGACAGUCGCCGCGUCCACCGACCACGAUCACCUCCUCUCGUACCCGUUCGUGGUGAUGGACAUCCUUGAACGGUUCAAGGUGACCACCACCGUUGGCCCACUCACGAAGGCCACGAAGAUCUGGGCGAUCAGCACCCAAACCUUCAAGAAGCGGUCGGACAACGCCGGACCUGCCACUGCCCCUGCCGUGCCACGGCGCCAUUCUACUGCUGGCCCAGCCGAACCCCAGGCCCGGGCCAACCUUGCCUCCAUCGCCGACUCCCUCAACCGGCUUCACUUCAAAGUUGACGGGAUGGAUGGCUACCUUGAGCGGCUCGACGAGGCUGUUCAACGCCAAGGGCAUGCCAUGAACGCAUACUUCCAACGCGUCAACUACGUCCCCCCACCGUACCAAGGCACGUUCCUUAGGAAAGUGUACGGUGACGAGGACGAAGAGGAUGGCUCCUACGCCCCGUCAAACUCCCCGGACGAGGACGAGUUUGAUGACGCCGUUGACGGCGAUGAGAUGGACGUUGACGACGACGAGGAGGAAACCGAAGCCGAAGACUAGGACACCCCUAGAAAUUCUAUUUUUUAUUCUCGUCCUCUUUUUUUUAAAUGCUUCCGUUGUACUCCGCUAUUUCCCAUUUUCAAUAAAUAAAAAUUAUCCUUUUAUCUUUUUGUUAAUGUCAAAAGGGGGAAGAAAAGGGCUAUGCAUAU